UAAAAGAAAAAGACUGACCUCAAACUUUUGAACAGCAGUGUAUACUUAUAAGUUGAAUCAGUUUCUAUAUAAAAUAUAUUUUCUAGUCAUACUCUUGUUUUUUGGCCAGCAAUAAAAGCUCUGCAGCUGUUUCUUGACCCACUUCUGGUUAAGCACCAAAGACCUGACUUGGCUCAGUGUUCAGGGUUUGUCCUCAAUGCUUAACACACAUAUGCUCAGUCUUGGUGCACAAUAAGUCUCCCUGAGCAGUCUUCAGUUGAAGACUUUGGUUAAGUUCAAUGGGAUAUAAAGUAUAUCUGCACAUUUAACAUGUCUGUUUGGUUUCCUUGUAGGUUUUGCUUGACAAUGGCAAUGUUUCUGGUGUUUACUCUGCUGACUCUGUCAUCCUUCUCUUCUCCCACGCGAGCCGAAAUCUUCACAUCAAUUGGCCAAAUGACAGACCUGAUAUUUACAGAGAGGGAGCUCGUCCAAUCGCUGAAAGAGUACAUUGAAGCAGAAGAGAUGAAACUUGAAGCUGUGAAGAGCUGGGCUAAUAAACUGGAUCUGUUGACCCGUGCGUCCACGUUGGACCCUGAGGGCUUCCUGGCUCACCCGGUGAACGCCUACAAGCUGAUGAAGAGACUCAACACCGAGUGGUCCGAGUUAGAGAGUCUGGUGCUGCAGGACCCAUCAGAUGGCUUCAUAUCAAACAUGUCUGUGCACCGACAGUAUUUCCCGGAUGAGGAGGACGAGAAGGGGGCAGCCAAAGCGCUCAUGCGUCUGCAGGACACGUAUAAACUGGACUCUGAGAGUUUCUCCAAAGGCAGACUGCCAGGGGUGCGCUACAGCGCGGAGCUGACAGUGGAGGACUGCUUCGACAUGGGUAAACUGGCCUACAGUGAGAAUGACUAUUAUCACUCCGUGCUGUGGAUGCAGCAGGCGCUCAGACAGAUGGACUCGGGAGAAGACGCCAAGACACCCAAAGCUGAUAUCUUAGAUUAUCUGAGUUACUCUGUCUAUCAGAUGGGUGACCUGCCACGAGCCAUCGAACUCACCCGACGCUUGGUGGACAUCGAUCCCAGCCACCAGAGGGCAGGAGCAAACCUGCGCUACUUCGAGCGGCUGCUGUCUAAAGAGCUGAGGGACCGGGGUCAGAGCCAGCAGGAGCCCGCAGACGAGACGCCCAUUCAGCUGGACACCUAUGAGCGACCCAAAGACCACCUGCCCGAGAGAGAGGUGUACGAGGCCCUCUGCAGGGGAGAGGGAGUCAAAAUGACUCCAAAGAGGCGUAGCCGACUGUUCUGCCGCUAUCAGGACGGGAACAGGAGCCCGCGUCUGCUGCUCAAGCCCAUGAAGGAGGAGGACGAGUGGGACAGUCCUCAUAUCGUACGCUUUCUGGACGCCCUCUCUGAUGAAGAGAUCGAGAAGAUCAAGGAGCUGGCCAAACCUAAGCUUGCGAGAGCCACAGUGAGAGACCCAAAAACAGGCGUUCUGACGGUCGCCAAUUACAGAGUUUCCAAAAGCGCAUGGUUGGAUGGGGAAGACGAUCCAGUGAUCGCUCGGGUCAAUCAGAGAAUAGAGGACAUCACUGGAUUAACUGUAGACACUGCAGAACUUCUACAGGUGGCUAACUAUGGCGUUGGAGGUCAAUAUGAGCCACAUUAUGAUUUCUCAAGGCGUCCUUUUGACAGCAACCUCAAGGUUGAUGGAAAUAGACUUGCCACCUAUCUGAACUACAUGAGUGAUGUUGAGGCUGGUGGGGCGACCGUUUUCCCUGAUUUUGGAGCCGCUAUUUGGCCUAGAAAGGGAACAGCAGUGUUCUGGUACAAUCUCUUUAAGAGUGGAGAAGGAGACUUCAGAACCAGACACGCUGCCUGUCCUGUUCUAGUGGGCAGUAAAUGGGUUUCAAACAAAUGGAUUCAUGAGAGAGGUCAGGAGUUCAGACGCCCGUGUGGCCUGACUGAAGGGGACUGACCUUGAGCUCGGUUCUAGCCACAGUGCCUCGAGUCUGCAAACCUAUAUGAGUUACACUCACUGCUGGGGUUUGAGAGCCAUUCUGUGUGUAGAGGAUUUCUCUUUUAUUUGGAGUGUUUUUAUUUACCCCUUAAUCAACAUUUCUUGGCCGAUUAAACUGGAGUAUCGUGUCAUGUCAGAAAUAUCAUGUUCAUAUAAUGCAUAAAUUAUUGUCCUGUUCUUUAGUGUUUAUUUCAUAUUCUUAUCUGGUUUGCAAUAAAAUGUCUAAAUAU